AUGUCGUAUUCCGGCCGCCCACUCCCCUCCCAUCUGCGAAACCCAUCAUCUUCUCUCGGUGGUUCACAACGCGAUUCUCCCAUACUAGCUGCCCGCAUCGCAGAGAAGAAGGCCGAGCUCGCAAAUCUUAAGGAGCUGCAAGCGCUGAGUGCAGGACUGGCGGACCAGAUGCAAACUCUGGCUGAUAAACUUGAUACCUUAUCAGAUGGCACAGAAGCCGUCGCAGCAGUCCUGUCAAAUUGGCACAAUGUACUUCGUGCCAUUAACAUGGCGUCAACGAAAUUACCAAAGCCCAAGGAAGAAGACGACGGAACCAAGGAUAACAGUUCCGGACUGCCACUCCCACAGACCCUUGUUCGCAUCCCAACGCAGCAUGCCCCCGCGCUCAUGUCGCAACCUACAUCUGGAAGCGCUCCCGAAUGA